AUAUGUCGGAAAUCGAAAAAAUGGCAAGUGCAACCCGUUUUUAAAAUUAAGUACGCACGGUACACGGGGAAUCAUUUUUCGUUGCCAAUCCAUCAUCGCAAGCAGGUUUCCUGCUUCUACCAUCGUUGGAGCUCCAACCAUCGGGGCACACUGCCAGUGACAGGCAUGGCGAAGAGGCCUGCUCCACCUCCUCUUCACGUGGUGGUGUUCCCAUGGCUCGCCUUCGGCCACAUCGUUCCCUUCCUCGAGCUCGCCCAGCAGCUGGCGAGGCGCGGCCACUUCGUCACCUUCCUCUCCACCCCGAGGAACGUCGCCAGGAUCAGGCCCGUCCCGCCGGAGCUCUCCCGGUACAUCCGCUUCGUGUCCCUGCCACUGCCGGCCGUCGACGGCCUCCGGGACGGCGCGGAAGCGACGUCCGAUGUCCCGCCGGAGAAGGUCGAGCUGCUCAAGAUCGCCUUCGACGGCCUCGCCGCGCCCUUCGCCGGUUUCCUCACCGCGGUCUGCGGAGAGGAGGCCGGGGAAGGGCACGGCAGGAGGCCUGACUGGGUCGUCGUCGACUUCGCGCACCACUGGCUCCCACCCAUCGCCGACGAGCAUAGGGUGCCGUGCGCGCUGUUCUUCGUCUUCCCGGCAGCGUUCGUGGCGUUCAUCGGCCCCAAGGAGCUGAACGACGCGCACCCGCGGACGGCGGCGGAGCACUUCAUGGUGCCGCCGCCGUGGAUCCCGCCGCCCUCCCCGAUCGCGUACCGGCGGCAAGAGGCCGAGUGGAUGGCGGGCGCGUUCCAGCCCAACGCCUCCGGCGUCGCGGACGGCGCCCGCCAGCUGGAGACGGUGCGGCGCUGCGCGCUCCUCGUCUGCCGCUACAGCCGCGAGGUCGACGGCGCACUCUGCACGCUCCUCGACGGCAUCUACGGCAAGCCCGUCGUGCCUUCCGGCCUCCUCGCCCCCUACGACGCCGCCGCCGCCGCCAGCAGCAGCGACGCGGCCGGCGGGGGCGACGACGAGGAGACGGCGAGCCUCGUGCGGUGGCUCGACGCCCAGCCGGAGAGGUCGGUGAUCUACGUGGCGUUCGGGAGCGAGGCGCCGCUGACGCCGGCGCUCGUCCGGGAGAUCGCGCAGGGGCUGGAGCUCGCCGGCGUGCGCUUCCUCUGGGCGCUCCGGGAGACGAGCGGCGGGAUGCUCCCGGACGGGUUCGAGGCCCGCGCGCGCGCCGGCGGCCGCGGGUUGGUGCGCGUCGGGUGGGUGCCGCAGGUGCGGGUGCUGGCGCACGCGGCGGUGGGCGGCUUCUUCACGCACGCCGGGCUGAGCUCGCUGGUGGAGAGCUUCCUGUUCGGGCACCCUGUCUUGAUGCUGCCGCUGUUCGUCGACCAGGGCCUCACCGCUCGGCUCAUGGCGGAACGGCGCGUCGGGCUGGAGGUGCCGAGGGACGACCGCGACGGCUCGGUGCGGAGGGAGGACGUCGCGGCGGCGGUGCGGCGGGUGAUGGUGGAGGAUGAAGGGGAGGUGUUCGCCGGCAAUGCCAGGGAGUUGCGGGAAAUUCUUUGGGACACGGCGAGGCAGGAGGAGUACAUUGAUGAGCUGGUCGAGCACUUGCGGCGACGCCAGGAAGAUUAGGCGCGGCUUCCUGGUUGCAGUGGGUAAUGCUCGAUCUCUGCCGCGAAAUCUGGCACGAAAAGCUUUUGUGCUAGUAAAAACAUGCAGUUGUGUUUACGAUUUUCGUUGGCUUGAUGUAUUUUCAAGAUAUUUGGGAGCUUCGUUUCGACUCAUUUCUAGUUUCGAUUUUUGAAUGGCAUGGUUUUGCCUUGGUACCAGGUAAAAAAAAAAUCGCAGCUCACCGGUGAACAUGGAAAUAUUGGACAAAAUUCGAACUAUGUUUAAAGAAAAAUCCAAAUAAAGUUAUAGCAAAAUACUGGUAAA